AUGGCACUGCCCUCGAGCGAGGGCACUUCCUGUCCCGAGUCUCAAGUUUCCUCUUUGUCUGAACCCCAGGUCGGCCACGAACAACAUGAUGGUUCUCGCCUUCCCGAGGAUCCCCAGGCUGCCUCGGGCGGGCCAGCAGCCGACGGCGGACGGUUGGCUGUCAGUCCCCCGCUGUCGAAUUCAUCGUCCUUCGAGUCGUCAGGUUCCGUGCUUUCAGGCGCCUUUCUGAGUCGGUCCCUUUCUUCCGAUCUGUAUGAUGCGGCCUUCGCCGUGGAAGAGGAGGACGACGACCUCCUGCGCAAAAUGCAUUCUGCGCUGCAAGACGACGAGGACUCGGCCUCGUCGGCAAACGCGGCGGCGGCCGUGUCCUCGUCCAUGGGGCUUCACAUGGAGCCGGGAUUAGGCGCGUCGUCUUCCCUGUCAGUCGGUGCUUCGUCGCUUUCUCCUGACUUCCUCACGUCGUCCUUUUCAUCCAGCAGUUCGUCUUCCCUCGCCGUCUCUGGCCUCUCGUCGUGCUCCGUCACUGCUUCCUCGCCCCUCUUUUCUUCUCAGCGCCAACCGUCUCUCGACGCAGGGAAACCCGUUCCAGCGGAGCGCAAGGAGGAGGUUGCCUCGCUCGAUUCCGGCACCCAGCCGGGCGGCUCCCCGGCUGUACAUACACCUGUCCCCGGGGGACCUACACCGCCGUCCCGUCGCCUGCUGCUGGGGUCACCGCACACAGAUGACGCUUCCGCCGGCAGUGCCCUAGGGGCUGCCGAGCCGCGCUUGGACCUUCUUGUUUUUUCGGGGACUUCGACCGGCGAUUCCCUGUUUCCUCAUUCCCCGCUUCCCCCGCCUGGACCGGCCCCAGUUCAGAAAGAGGCAGACCGAACCGAAAACAUCGUGGGCAUGGGCCUCGCAGCCCUCCACAAGGCGCUGGCGAAGAAGGCGCAAGAGGCGGCGGCAAAGGCCCGCGAAGAAGGCAGCGAGAGUGGAGCAGGCGCGGCGCUUCCGACACAGCACGAGGACUUGUGCAAGAUUACCCCGCUCUCAGUCUGCUUUCUCAAGGCUGAAGAACACGAAACCAAAGACGAGGGACCGUCCGACUCCGCGGAUGCUGCGGCAGAGAAGAACAAGGGAAAUGAGCCAGCAGAGGCGGAGAGGCCGGUCGAGAGGGAAGCACGCGAGGGGGAUGCAGAGGCAUUGACGGAGGAGACGCGCGAACGCGAAGAGAGCGAGGCACCCGACAGCAACUCAGUGGAGCCUUCGACAGACGAACGCCUCUCGGGUGCACUUCUGUCGUCUCUCGUGGCGGAUGUCAAGGAGGAAGAGAAGACCGACGCAGAGCGCAGCGCUGUUUCCGGAGCAGGCGACAAAGCGAUAGGUGGAGUUAAAACAGAUGCCCGCGAUGACGGCGAUCUCCUCCCUCCGUCGAAAGAGAACGCGUCUUCGUGCGUACCCUCUCUCUGUCUUUCUCGAGCAGUUGAGACGGAAGGAGACAGCGAGCGAGAAGCCGCGGGGUCUCCGGACGGAGGUGCUCCGCUGUCUUCGCGUUUUCCCUGUUCGUCUUCUCCAGCGCCGCCGGGUUCAUCGCCCUUGGAGAAGGAAGUUUCUCCUUCCGGAGACUGUUUGCUUGUCGCGGAUCCCCAGCUCUUUCGCCUCCUCCGCGCCCUGGAGCAGACGGGGGCGCAGGUCGAGGAGGAACUGAGGGCGGAGGAGCGGCGUUUCGCCGAGACCGCCUCGCUGCUGCUUCGCGACCUGGAUCUGGAAACGCAGGCAGCCGUGAGUCUCUCUUCGCGCUCGCCUCGUCGCUCUCUUUCGAGAGCGAGAAGAGACAGGGGUCCAGAGGCGGCGAGUGGCGAGGAAGACUCGGAGGGCGUCGGCGCGGAAAAGACGAGGGAGGCAGAAGACGCAGAAGAGGAAGAGAUGGACGACUGGGAGAACAGCGAGACGGGCCGACCGUCCGGAGACAAAGCCGGGGAUGGGUCGUUCGCCGUGGACCAGACCGCGAAAAACGGUCCUCUCGCGUCUUUCCGUGGGACCAGUAUGUCGUCCGUCCUGCCUCUGCGGGUCCUUCGGCAGGGGCGCCGCCAGUCCAGGCGUCUUCGCGCUCGUGCGGCCAGCUCCGUCCUGCGCAGAAGGCUCGAGCAGAAGAUCCGCCGCGUGCGCGAAACGCUUCUCGCGGCCGUUGGGGCAGCAGAGGAGGAUAUCGGUAUGUUGGAGAAGGAGUUCCAGAACGUGGCGGAAUGCGAAAUUUCGCCGUUCGCCCGCCUGACGCUCUCGAGUCGCACCCUGCACGCUCCCUUUCCCCCGACUGCGUCUCCGAAGGAGUUCGGCCUCGCCCCCUACUUUCUCCCGCCGGCUUCCGCGGGCCUUCCGCCUGCUGUGGACGCCCUGUCAGAGGACUCGCGGGCUCUGUUCGCGCUGCCGGGGGUCUGCGGACCUGACCGCGGCGACGGCGCCUGGUUGCCGCCUUCGGCGUGGUCGGCGUCGUUCGGCGACGCGCCGCUGACGCUGGCUGUUUCCGAAAGCGUGGCGUCUUCUCUGCCGUCGUCGCCCCUCGCGUCGGGCGGAGCUGUGGGCCAGGACGAAGACCAGGGAGACUCCUCAGGAGACGCGUGCUCGGCGCAGAUCCCCCCGGCGCGGCCGAGCCGCCCGCGCGCGGCCUCGCAUCUGACGCUGUUGCUCCCCUCGGUCACCUCGGAUUCCAGUGCGACGUGUCCGAUCGAAUUCGAUUUCGAGGCGUGUCCCAGUACGCCUGAGCGAGGCGCGUCGGGCGGCUUUCUCGGCAGACCUGCGGACUCAGGAGGGCCUCCACGCGGAGCUGAGCAGAGCGACUUGCUGGGAGACGGCGAGGAGACCGAGACGGGCGUUCCCGAGACGCCCCAGGAGGGCGCUGAGCGCACACACGCACUCACGGGCGACGGCGCCGAGGUGGGCGUCGCGGGGCAUGUCGUGAGAGGCCCCGCCGAGGACGGCACGGACACCAACGAAGACGGAGAGCCGGAAGGAGACGUCGACAGCCGCAUGAGUCUAGGGGACGAAUCGGGGACAUUCUCUCUGUCUUCGGCGUUCUCGGUGGGUGCCGGGGGGGAAGGCCUUCUUUUGGACUCGGGAAAGGACGGAAAGCGAGCGAGAACGCAGACGCUCGGCGGCCUUCCGGCUACAGGGCGACAGGGCGACGCCGCGAGCGCGGUUGACUCGUCUCCGUCUCUCGCCCCAGGCGAGACGGACUCCGAGGAGGCCCUCUCUGUUCUGCCGAGCUCCGCGGCGGAUGAGGCCCAAGGCGACGGCGACCUCCGGGGCGCCUCAGCGCAUGCUCUGUCCUCGGCUAUGGGUGGCCAGCCGAUCCCCGGGGCUGCCGAGCGCUUCUCGACUGUCUCUUCGGCCUGGGGAUCCAGCGGAAACGCGUUCUUCCUCGAGGCCUCAGCCGGCGAGGGUGCCGGUGACGCGCAGCUAGCGAACGAGAAGGGCGAAAUUUUCCCGGGCGCAUGCAGCGGCCGUGGAGCCUUGCCCAAGGGGAAGAGCCUUGCGGGGCCGGGACAGCGGACGGCGGGGGGCGGGAAGAAGCGCGGCGGCCGGGCGGCGACGGGGCGCGGCGGAAGCGACUGGGUGGAGGCGGAACGCGCAGCGAAGCAGCAGCGCCUUCCUCUUGAGCUGUUCUCGAUGGCGACCAGGCACGUGCACGAGGAGGCGUGCCUUCGCGCGGCAGCGUCGUUUUGGGAGCGGACGAAACGUAGAGCCGAUUGUUUUCUGACUUCGACCGAGCGCGCGCUUCCAGGGAGGCCUUGCGGAGCCGGGACACACGAGGGGACGGUGGCGCUGUCUGCCGGCGCGUCGGGCUUCUCGCCGCCGGCGCCGCCCGCUCUACCGGCUCUCUUCCUGGCCGCGCAACACCUGCAGCCGGCCGUGGGGCCCGACGGGCUCCGGCGAGGCCCUUGGCUGUCUCACGGCGAGGACAUCUCCACGGGGAUUCGCGCGACGAAUCGGCGUCGGGCGCUCGUCUCGCUGCUCCAGUUUCUCCGCGAAAUCUCGCAGGUCGCCGUCGUCCAAGUCCGUGAGCCUCUCAGCCGCCAAGACGCAAGUGCCCUGGCCUCGGCCGUCGCCGCGGCGACCGCGGUCGCGUGUGCGGGAGCCUCGUCCCCGAGAACCGCCGGUGGAGGCGAGGGCGGCGCGGGAGGCUCGUGCGAAGACGAAGGGCUCGACUCCCGGGAGCUCGGCGAGGAAGGCGCGGCAGAGAGCGUCGGCGAAGAAGACCGGAAGGGCGGGCGGUCCCUGAGUUCGCACACGGACGGUUUCCCAGGAUCCAAAACGCCGCGGACUGGCCCGCCGUUCUCGAGCUCGAGCGAGCGAAGGGAGUUCUCUUCGCAGGCGUUUGCGGCGUCUUGUCUCUCGCCCUUCGCCGCCCUGCCGCAGAGCCCAGCGAUCUGGUUCGAUCCCCCCGUCCCCGCGACGGUCUGGGGCGGGGAGACAGCGAGCGGCGUGUCGGCUGGCUGGUUGGGCUCCAACUCGGCGGCCUCCUCGCUGUCGGCCGUGGAGAGAGAAUGCCGGGGACUUGGAAAGGGAGGAGACCCGAGGGGGCCCGCUGCGCAAAAGUCCGGGCCCGCAGGGCCUUCUGGCGGCGCGGCUCUCGCUCCGGGCACGGACGAGGACGAGGGAGGCAAGACCGAAGAAGAGAAGCGCUGGGCGUCGCUUCCCGGAUUCGGAGGCGGGAGCGUCGAGCGCGUCGUCCUUUGCGUGAGACGGGACUGCUUGCCUGUGGGCUGGCUUCGCGAGAUGCCGUUCGAGUGCAGGCUGAAACUCGACGUCGAAACGCGCGACGACGAGAGGGCCGAAGCGACGGAGUGUGCAGGGGCGAACGAGGAAGCGACAGGCGCGCUGAACCGCGGAGGCAGUCGAGACGCUGGGCAAGGUUCCUCGGGUUCGAAGCGUUCCUCGCCCGAGGCGGCUUCGCAGCCGUCGGAGGCCGCGCCUGGUGUCCGGGCGAGUGAAGGAAAGGAAGACGUCCUCCGCGACAGCCAGGGGGCUCCGUCUGCGUCUGAAAACCCGCCUGCCGACUCUCUGCAGGGCCCGGUUGUCUCCUCGGCGGCGCUGGUGCGGAACAAGCCUCCGUUUCUCGCGCCGCGCGUCUCGGCUCCGCCCUCGCCGCCUCGGUGUCGCAUCCCCAAGUGCACGUGUUGCGUGGAAGUCGCUGACUCGAGUUCCGCCUUUCGGGCCUGUUCGGCUGCGGCGUGUGCGUCGCCCUCUGUCGGCGCGUCCAGCUUCGACGACGAGACGAAGAAGCGGAAGCGAGCGAGCGAGGGCGGGGCGGUCGCGGACGAGGCGUCGACGGAGACGCGAGAGGACGAGAAGCGGCGGAGGACGGAGAGCGGAGAGGACUACUUCGUCAUGGAAGACGCGCUGAAGCUGCUCAGCCGAGCGCGGCAAGACCAGCAGGAGGCACUGCUUCGCUUUCAAAGACAGGCCUUGGAGCUGUGCGACAAGUGCUGGCAUGCAGAGAAGAGCGACGAGGAAGCGUCGCCGAGUGAUCGCGGGGCCUCGUCUCCGAGCGGGAGAGACCCGUCUCGCUGCGCUCCGAGUGAGAAAUCUCAAGACGGGCCAUCCUCGAGGAGGCCUGCGGCCUCCCGGGCUGCGGGAGCGUCUCUGCGGCAGUGGCGGGCGUCUCUGCGAGCGCUGGGGCUCUCUGUCCCCGACGUGGUCCAGGCGAUUUCGAUUGCGGAGCGAGAGCGGCGAUGGGCCAGCACGCCCGCUCGCCGUUUGCAUCUCUCCGUGGAAAGCCUCGUGCGGGACCGGAGCAAGGAAGAGUACGUCGAGCUGGCCUUCUUCCUCCCCCACAAACCGAGCACCGUCGAGCCGUGGCAGGUCGCCUUGGAGCUGUCGGAAGAAGAGGCGGCGGCGCGGUCUGUCGAGGCCGAAGCCGAGCCCGCGCGCCCCGCGCCGUCGCCGAGCGACAAAGAAGAGAGCGGCGAGAAAGGCGAGUUCGCCGCUGCGCCUGCGACGCCGAACGGGCCUCUCUCGUCGAAGGAAGCCGAGAGAGAGGCGGUCGAAGGAAAAGGGCGGGGAGGCGCGCACGGCGUCGCCGGCUCAGAUGCAAAGGAGAAAAAGGGUGACGAAGAGAAACGCGGCCUGACCGGCAUGCACGCGCGCGCCGAGGGCCCGGACGGAGCGGGGAAGGGCGGGCGCGGCCGCACUGGAAGAGGCGGCCGAGGCGGGAAAGGGGCGAGCAAGUGCACGGGGAAGAGGAGAGAGAGGGACGACAAAUCCGAAGAGAGGGAAGACAAAAGCACAGUGGGAAGUCCGGCGUGCUCAGAUAAGUCGCCGUCUGCCUCGUGCGAAGCGCCCGAAGGGGCUGACGCGCACAGAGGCUCUCUGUCGCUCUUGGCAGCCGUCGAGACGUGCGAAGGCGGCGAAGAGAAGAACUCCCGGCAAGACUUCGGCGAGGCGUGGGCGGGGGUCGGCGGCGAGCGGAGACGGGCGAUCGAGCCCGAAGGCGUGAGUCGAGUUUGGCGCGUCGUGGCCCAGCGCAAGGUCAAAAUGCAGAAUCUCCUCCGGCAACAGAAGCGCCUGUGCCGCGCGCUCUUCAAACCUUGGCGCAAAGAGCGUCUAGCCUUGGAGCGCGCGAGGAUCCGCGAGGGCGACGUCUUCAGCUGGGGCAUCCUCCCGGUCCGGGCCGUGGACCAUCCCGACCAGCUGGUUUCCCUGCCUGCGGGGUUCCGGACCGGGAACCGGAACGCGCCUUACCAGCGGGGCUGCGAGCAGGCCGAGAGCGGGGCGUGUGAGGGCGAGGACAAGAAAGCCUCGGCCGAGGGCGGCUCGGGGCGGCGGAGCACGCGUGGCGGCAAUCCUCAGGACGCGUCUUUCCUCCCCUCUUCGGCGUCGGUCCCCUCGACUUCGGCAGGCGGCACCGACAGGCAGCGCGCGAAGGAAGAGGCGGCGAAUCGCGAGUCCAAACGCGAGUGGAUGCAGGCGAACUACGCGAACUUGACGGGGCCGGGCGUCUUCUGGAGAGACUCCUGUCUCUUCUCGCUCGGCCAGGGUCUCCGCCAACGGCUCGAACGCCGGGCCGAGCAGUGCGCCGGCGUCUUCCCCGUGGACCUCCUCGAAAAAGACCUCGACUAUGCCAUCCUCGACCUCGACCGCGCCGUCUCCUACCACGACCGAUGUACCCUGCUGAAGGACGUGGCUCUCGUCGAACUGGAAAAGAAGACUUCCACGGUCUGGGCCGAGUCGGAGGCGCGGACGUUCGUCGAGAAGUUCCUCAUGUACCCGAAAAACUUUGAGAAAAUCGCCUCUUACCUCGACGGAAAAAGCACGAAGGACUGCGUGGACUUCUACUAUCGCUUCAAGUACCAGUUCGGGUUGAAGCGGCGGCUGCAAGAACUGGAAGACACCGCGCGCAGCAAGAAGAAAAAUCGCCUGCUCGGCUCCAAGCAGCUUCGUCGCGAGGAACUCGUCGCGGAGCUUUUUGCGCCUUCUGUGCAGGCCAUGGCGCGCCUCGAGGCGGAGUGUUGUACCGAGCCAAUGCGCCUCUUCAACGCGCAGAAUUCGCUACCAUUCGACGUCUUCAGCGGCUACCUGCUUCACCAGCGGUCGGUGUGGAACGUUCUCAAGGAUCCUGUCGGGACGCGCCCGGCGGACGAAGCGCACGACUCGGACCUCGAGGUGGACGCGCGCGGCCAGCCUGCUCAGGAACUCUUUUUGGAGAAUCUGCGGGAAGGCUACUUCUUCCCCUCGACCUACUCGGGCUUCGUGCCCCCGGGGCGCGUCGCGAAUGUCCCUGCCUGGUUCUCGCCGACUCCCCAGCCCCGGUGCAAAGGCGCAAGCGGCUUCCCGCCGCGAUCCGCGAAGGCGGCGACGCCGCCUGCCGCGCCCCACGUGCCUCUCGCGUGCGUGCCGGGCUGUUUCUUCAUCGAGCGGCCUGCGAAGGACGGCGCUCCGGGCGCAGCCGAGAAAGAGGCUGCGUCGCGGGUCUUUUCGAAUGCGCAGUCGCCGUUUGCGCCUUCCCUCGCGUUCUCCUAUCGCCAGCUGAAUACGCUCUUGACGUGUCUCCAGGCGGCUGCGCAGCGCGGGCGCGGCGGCGACGACGAGGGCCCUUCGUACAUGACGCGCUCGCGGUCUGGGCGAAACAAUUCGAAGCCGGCCUCGUGCGGGGCGAAACCACCCGUCUCGGGAGCGAGCGCCGCGCAGGCCUCGGGCCACGCGAGCGCCGACCGCGCAGGCUGGCAGAGCCCAAGGGCGCGAGCGCUCGACGCGCUGCUCCUGAGACUCCGGGGCGUCCUCCGCGGCAAGCAAACUGGCCUCUGGAGCGUCCACCGAAAGAGACAGGUGUGGGGACCGCAGACCGAGAAGCCCGCGGCUUCCUCGCCCUCGCUCCAGGCGGCCGACAAGGCCCUCGCGGGGCGAAGGGGGCGGGGCGCAGCCGCACCGGGUCCGGGGUCCGUCGCCAGAGACGACAGGGCGCUUGCGACUCUGAACGGCGAGGCGGUGGACGGAGACGUCCCCGCCGGCGAGGCGACGCGGGGCGGGUUCAGCAGAGACGCCGCGAGUGGACCACGCAUCGGGGCGGCGAUGAUUCAGGGGCGCUCCGGGGGCGUGCCUCUCCAGCGGAUGGGCACCGUGGAGAGGCAAGACGCCCUCGUUCUUGUGGGAGGCGACGGAGGCGUCGGGCGCGGCGGCAUCAAGCGCCUGUUGACGGAAGAGAGCAGCGUGUUGAGUUCCGAGGACGGCGAAGGCCGAGAGAGAGACGAGCGCGAACGAAAGCGACACCAGGCGGCGUCCGUCGGUCAGGCUCUUCUCGGCGAGGCCGCGGAAGGGAAGAAAGAGGGCGAGGCGCCGGCCACGCAGAUGGCAAGCAGGCAGGGUGUCUGGGAGGGCGACGGCGAAGACUCCCGAAAGAAAGACGUUGCUGCACUCCCCACGCAAAAGAAACCGGACCUGGCGGCAGCCGGCAGAGCGACGGGCCCCAGCAACCCCGCCCUCCUCCCGCCCCUCACCGCGAAGCAGAAGGAGGCGCUGCUCGCGUUUCUGGAGCCGCGUGCCGGGUCGUCGCUCCCGGCAAAUGUCGCCGCUGCGCUCGCCGCCUCGCCGCUUCUUCCCCUGCUCGCCGGGGGCGAGGGGCAUCGUCCGCCCUUCCCGCUCUUGCCUUCGUCGGCUGCAGGUCUACCGCUGCCUGCGUCGUCUUCGCAGCUCCUCUCUUCCUUGCUCGCGUCCUCGAGUCUCUCGCCCCUGUUCUCUCUCGCGGCGUCUCUCGGCCCAAACAGCGCGGCAGACGCGGGGAAGAGCUCUGCGCAGCCGGGCGCGGCGCCCCAGCGGACUCCGACGGUGGUGCGCCCCCAGAGUCUGUUAGAAACGUUGUCGGCGUCUCUGUCCAAGGCCGCAGCCCCAAGUGCGUCGUCCUUCUCGACACCGGCCUCUUCACCUCCGCGGGCGUCUCCGAAGCGGAGCCCGGGGCUCUCGUCUGCUCUCGCGCCUCAGUCUGCCUCCAGUGCAAAUCCUUCCCUCUCCCUGCUUGCCUCGCUCUCCGCCUCGCCCUCGUCGUCCGCCUCCUCGCCCCUCUUUCCCGCCGUCUCUUCGGCCCCGUCGCCUCCCCUCCUCCCUGCGCUCUCCGCGCAGACCCCGCCCGUCUUUCCGCCUCUCUCCGCUGCGCCGAGUCCGGAGGCCUCCGCGUCGCGCGGCACGGCUCGGCCGUCGCCUGCCGCCUCGCCGUCUCUGGCGGCUCUCGCCUUCUCCAAAGCUUUGCCCUCCGCGGCUGCAGCCGACCUGAAGGAGGACACGGUCUCUGCGAAGCCGGCGGGAUCGCCCCUCUCUGGGCCUCUCGGCGCGGCGGCCAGAAGCCUCCUGGCUCCAGGGAAUGCUCACUCAGACAUGCUGCGCAGCCUCGCCGCCGUCGCAGCUUCCGGCCUCGUCCGCGAGGCGAAGGGCGAAGGCCUCGCGUCUCUCGCGAAGCGCGCUUCACAGGCCGACAAAGGCCGGAGAGAAGAAGACAGUCCCGGCGCGGGGCUUCCAGGCGCCAGGAACGGCCCGAGCAGCGGCCAGACUCCGAGCGGUUCGACGAGCUGCGCGCCCGCGGGACAGAGUGGCGGCGAGGCCGGCGGAGCUGCCGGGACUGCGUUGAGUGGAAACAUCCAGGCUUCGAACUCGUCCUUCCCCGUUCUUCCUUCCUCUGCCAUCGGACUCCUCGUCCAGGCUGCGGCUGCUGCGCGGGCGGCCGCCGCCGCGAAGGCUGCGAUGUCGGCACCCGGCGUGCGCGCGGUCCCGGGCGCGACCUCGGUGAUGGCCUCGCCCGCGCUCCUCCCCGCGUCCCUCCCGCAGCAUCUCGCUUCGAGUCGCCUGCUGCCAGGCCUCGUGUCUCAGCCCUUGUCGGCGCUGCCUGCGGGGCGCGGCGGGCGGCCCGACAGCGGCCGUGCGACGCCGAGUGCAGAGGCUUCGCCGGUCCUGGCCCCGCUUCCGGUCUCCUUGUCGGCUCUCGGCGCCGCGCUGCCUUCUGGAGUCCGCAGAGAAGGCGGAAAGGACGAAGCGGCGAAAACCGGCGACAACGCCGAGCCGGCCUCCGCCGCCUCAUCGCCCUUCCUCGCGCCUGCGGCCCUCGCGAGGAACGAGGCCUCGAGUCUUUUGGCGAGCGCGGCGACGCGCGUGGGGCCCGGCCAAGGCCUGGCGAGCCGGUCCGCCCCUGGGCCGGGCGCGUCGGCGGUCGCUUCGCUUCUCGCCAAUCUCGCCGCUUCCCCCGCGCCGUCGCCUUCCCCCGCGUCUCGGUCGCCCGACCUGGCUGCGCGAGGUCAGCCGACUGUCCCCUCCCCGGUCGUCGCGCCGGCCCCUCCGCCUCUGCCGGCUCUCUCGCCCGUCUCGGCCGGAAACCCGCCAGCCCUCCUCGCUGCAUGCGCCGCUGCCGUCGCCGCUGGAAAGCUCCCGGCCCCAGUGGCCUUGGCGGCUGCGGCAGCGGCGAAGAAGGCCGGGCAAGCGGCGAGUGCGGCGGUGCCCGGAGCAAGUGACGGGAGUCCGCUCGUGCUUCCGACGAAUCAAACUCAGGGGGCGAAUGCGGCGGGCUCGCUUGCGACUCCCUCCGCCGCUGCGCGCAGUGUCUCGCCAAGUCCUCUGCAAAGGCCAAAUGUGGGGGACCAGGCUCUCAGCGGCGCUGGUCUCCAGAGUGCGGAAGCCUGUCGGACGCGCUCUACCGAGGCGACGGCGCGCUCGCCUACCCCCGUGGCCGAACCAGCCGAAAGAGACGGAGGGCCAAGUGAACCGGUCCUCGGCGCUCCGGAUGGGAGCGGCUCUCUCCGUGCAAACUCAAGCGAAGUUCCUGAAGCGAGAAUGUCUGCGACGACUCCGCUGCUCAGUGCUCUGGCUGCAGGGCUGGCAGCAAGUGUAUGUACAGCGAGUAGCGGUGCUGCGAGUGAAGAAGCUUCCGGACUGGGGGUUUCGAGUCGCGACAUCGAAGGAGGGAGAAUCAGCCCAGAGACAGUCCGAGAAGAGACAGAGCCUGUGUCGGCUACGUCCCUGCCUUUCCCCGGUUCUGCGCCGUCCGCCGAUCCACUCGACGCGGCCGAGCAAACUCCCGAAGUGUCGACGCUGCGAGGCCCAUCAACGACAGACCUGCCGGUGGUGCCGAGGGCAGAAGGCGUGCAGGAGAGAGAAGAGACACGUGGAGACACGGGAGAAGGAGCCGCGCAAUGCGAAGGAGAGGCGAGAAGAGAAGAGAAGUCGGAAGAGAGUGGAACGCGCAUCUGCAACUUGGAGGGAGAGGCGGAAGCUGUGGCACAAAAGAAUCUGGCGGAAACGAAAAGCGCUUCUCUUUCCUCGGCGUUUUUGUCCACGCACUCGUCUUCGAUUGAUCUGGCCUUUUCAGAGGCCGGAGCGGAAAUGCUUCUACCUGGAGCCGUCUCCCCGACUUUCGCUUUCGCCGCCUCGCGUUCGGCUCCACUUCCCGAGCGCCCUCUCUCAGAAGCUGUGGAAGAAGUCCAAGCCUCUCAGAUUGCGAGGGAUGUGGGCGUCGAGGGGACAGAAGGGACAGAGUCGUCGGCGUUGUCGGAUGAGGCAAACGAGCGAAGCGCAGCUUUUUUCGUUCGUGCCGCCGAACCUACAGAAUGUUCUGACCCUCCGCAGUCUACACAGUCCCUGGAAGGAAGCGCGGAGCGCGUGUCUACGUGCCUGCCUGUCUCGUCGCUGCCUCCUGAGUUAGCUUCUGAGCUGCCGCAGAACGGAGAGGCGUGCUCUCGUCCCGCUGAGGCGACGGUUUCUUCCCUGCCGAGUGUGGCCGCGAUGUCAGGCGUUUGGGCCGAGAACAGGGAGGAGUCUUCUGUCCCUGUUUUUCCGUUUUCGUCUCGCGUCUCUUCCUCCGAGGGGAACGAGGCAGAGGAAGAGGGGCGGCGCGGAGCAGAAGAUCAGAGCGCGGAUCACGAGAGCGAGGGCGCACAAGUCGGUGAUCCGGGUGUCUUGAUGGGAGAAGCGCACGACGCAUUUCGCGAGAAGGACGAGCGGAAGGAAGACGCGGACCCUGCCGAUGAACUCUCAGGAAAGACGGUGUGUGCGCGGGACCUGCCUACGGACGGGCAACCGAGGGUAGAGGCGAGACUGGAAGAAGCCGUUCUGCAUGCGCUUUGCACAACUGGAGACGCAGGAGAGACUGGAGCUGCCUCCCACUGCCCCGCUGUCCCACUGGACUUGUCGCGGGUUCUUCCCGCGUUCAGCGCCACACUGCAGGACCAGGUGUCUGCUGUCGCGGAGGGACAAACUACGGAAGGCGAGAAAGAAACGGCGACCGCAGGAAGCAAUGAGGAUCAGUAA